UUUCAUGGAUACAUUGCUGGAUGUAUUUAUUGUGUCAGAAAACGUUAGCUGGGUGGUGCGUAGGAGAUCGCGGACAAAGAGAAACAGUUUCACCAUUCGGAGCGGGAUGAAAAAAUUCAUGAUUUUUGUUAUAUUCCUCAUGAUUUGGAUACAGGUGAGACUUAAUUAUGCCCGAGCCCAGCAGAAUGUCUUGGAUCAAGGUCUUACAGUUCUGGCUGGUGUAGCUGCCAAAGGGAAGGAAAUUAUUGAUCACGGCGUAAACUUAAAGGCUGAAAAACAACAAAAUCUCGAUUUCUUCGGCUUGAAGUUGGGAGCAAGUAAUGGGGUCAACACUGGUUUCGGAGAUGCAGCGAUGGAAAAGUCGAGCACUAGCGAAGAAGAUGUAUUGCUCCGGAAGAAGAGAUCAAUGGAUCACCUCGCCACACUCAGGUCAACAGGAAUGGUCAGUAGCUCUGCAACAGGAUUAAGCGUGAAUGUGGUAACGAUCAAUUCGGUUUCCAACGUGAACAACUAUGGGCCAACACCGGAAACUACUACUGCAGCCGAGUCUAGACGGAGGAAGAGACUCGAUUUCGUGGAAUCACGUUUGAACUCACCUAUUCACGUGGUUCUGGAUGAUACUGGUUUUUAUUCCACAAAGGAAAAUGAGCUAGAACCGAAUGAUUUGUUCAAGAGCCUUUCUGAACGUGAAACCCGAGAAACUCACCGUUCAAAGCGUUCUCCACAAGAAACUAAUACCGAUGUACCCGCUACUACCCCAGCUAGUCCUUCAGGUGGUAAUGGCCCUAGAGGAGAUCCUGACAGCGAAGGUGGGCUGGGCGAGGAGGGUGGUGGUCGACGUGGUCCACCCGGGCGGAAGGGACCUGGUAGGGGACGGGGUGGUAAACAUAGAAGACCGCCACCACCUCCUCCGCCACCAUCGGAUGAAGAAGACAGUGACGAUACCGAAAGCAGAGGGAAGCGCGAGGCGAUGCAUUCAACGCUUACGGAGGAACAAAGCAAGCAUAGAUCAUCGUCGAAUGAAUAUCAGGAAUCGGUAGAAAACGCGAGUCCCGAAUUGCUGACGGAACAACUAAGAAGAGACAAAAGGGAACCUUGCGGUCGCAGGCGAAGGAAGGCAACAACCACAGCCGCUACCCCAACCACAUCCACGGUUGCUCCUACCACAACGGCAAGAAGAAGAAAACGAGAGUUAACACCUGAACAGGGGGCAGAACAAGCCACUUCUUGGUUUUCGGCCGUGUUGGAGGUUAUUGUCAAUUCAGCCAAACGAUUGGUGCAAGCCACUCGGAGUGUAUUUACGAAGGAUCAGAAAGAUGGCAUGGGAAAUAAUGAAGAGGUGGAGACUAUGGAGUAGAAAACGAUUAUUUCUUGAAGAGUUUAUGAGAAAUAUAUUUCUCAGACUCUAGGAAAAAAUCAAUAUUGGUAAUAAAAUUUAUAAAUCCUCAAUCAAUAAAACCUCAUUCGAAAAACAAAAUAUGUUUAUUCUUGAUGUUGUUUAAUGUAAACAUGUUUGAAUUACGAGCAUUG